UGGGCAUGAAAUCCGAAUAUCUGAAUUAUCCGAAUAUCCGGAUAUCCAAAUCCGGAUUUGAAUCAAAUUCUUAUCCGGAUUUCCCGAAUUAUCCGGAUUAUCCGGAUUUAUGGAUUUGCUUUUUUAUGUGACUUCAGACUUACAAAUAUUUUUAAUGUAUGGUAAAAUAAAUUAUUUUAUUAUAAUGAAAAUUUAACAAAAUGUUAUAUUAUAUCAAAGUUCGUAUCAUAAAAAUCGUUCGAAAUGUAUACAUUCCAAAUAGAUAAGUAUAGUGUAUACCCAAUUAAUUAAUCUUUACUGCAUAACCUUCGGAUGGUUAUUGAAAAAGGUUUUUUGAAGAUAAGUUAAAUUUAUCUUACAACAAUAAUUGUUAUCGAUAUAAUUGUUUACUCGGACAUGUUCUUUUACAAUUAUCAAAUAAAAAUUAUCGAAAAAUAUCAAGUGGAGAGUGGAGACAUAUUUGUAGGAAUAGUAUUUCUGUUGCAUCAAACGUGUUAACAUUGAAUAAUUGUACUAUAAUGCCUCCAAGUAAAAUUUGGAAUUUUUUUACGCGUGGCGAAUCAAAUAAAACUGCUAUAUGUUCUGUAUGCAACGACGUUUUAAAAAAUAUGGGAUCUACAUCUAUUUUAUGGUCGCAUUAUAAUCGGUGGCAUAAGCCCACUGCAAACGAAAUUAAUGAAGAACAGCACGCUAAAGAACAUACAGGGUAAGCAUGUUAUUAAUACUACACUGUUUGUGCUUUAAUUAGUUAUUAAAGUGAGAACUUUAUUGCGCUAUAAUAUGCGCUAUAUGCGCUUAAUUGGGGACCUAUUUCGUUGAACGUCCGCGUAAAUAAAUAUAUAAUUGGUUGCUAUUGGUUAAUCUGGCACGUUUGUUGAUUUCUAUUAUUAUUUUUUGUCAAUAUACAUAUUUAUGUAUAUAAAUGAAUGUCUGUGCGUAGAUUAGACCUCUGGUAAGAAGAUAGGCUAAUUUAAAGAGUGUUAAAUUUGGUUUUUUUCAUUGUAUUUUAGUACGGUUAGGUUAGUUUAGGAUUUUGUAUUAUUUAAUUAUAUUAAUCCAACUUAGGCGGAAUUAAGUAAAAAUAACAAACUUGGUAAUACUUUGAUACUUUACUGUUAAAUCAUACACUUAGGUACGUACAAACAGUACGGGGUCCGCGAUCUACCGCAGAUAGAUUGCCUAAUGUUCUACCUAAUGUAGAACCUGCACGAGCUAUUGAAAGUGUUACCAUUGUAUUAGUAGAAAAUAAUUAAUUUUAAGAUGACAUAUAUGUAUAUUUGAUUGUUAUAUUGUAAUAAUAUUUUGCAUUUAUCAUACCAUGUCAUCAUAAUAUCUAACCUGAAAAUAUAGUUCUCACUUUUACGGUACGUCUCGCGACGCUCCCAUUUUUUAUUUAAUUUUAAUUAUUGAAUAAUUGUUAUUACACUAGAUUAAAAAUCCCAAAAUAUUUUUUUGUAGAGAAAUUGAUAGUAAUGAGAGCAAUAGCGAUAAUGAACAAAUAGCUUCAACAUCUUCAACUUUCAUUUCUUCUCAGUCAACUUCCUCAUCAUCAAUCAGCCCUGCUUUGAAACGUAAAAAGCACUACCAUAACGAUAACAUUUGUAAAAGAAAUUCAAGACCAUUAGAUAAAAAUCGAUGUGAAAUUAUUACGCAAAGUAUUUGCAAAAUGAUAAUUGUUGAUAUGUUACCAUUUAGUACAGUUGAAAAUAAAGGUUUUCGUUCAUUAAUUUCAACAAUUGAGCCACUUUAUACUAUUCCAUCGCGAAAAAGCAUUACUACACGUAUUGAAAAAAUGUAUAUAGAUAAAUCACAAAGUAUCAGAAAUAUCAUAGAAAACAUUAAUUAUAUUUCUUUAACAACUGAUGGUUGGACAUCAACAGCAAUUGAUUCAUAUUUAACAUUUACUGCUCAUUAUUUUGAUGAUAAUUGGAAAUUGUAUAGUGUAACUCUUUCAAUUGAAGAAAUACAAGAAAGUCAUACGGCUGAAAAUUUAAAAGACAGUAUUAUGAAUGUUAUUGAGUCUUGGAAUUUAAAUAAUAAAAUAACGGGAAUUAGUCAUGAUAAUGCUGCAAACAUUUCAAAUGCUGUAAAACUAUUUUACGAUCAAGAUAUUUAUUCAAAUCGUUGUGCUGCUCAUACACUACAAUUAGCUGUGAAAAAAUGUUUAGAUUUAAAUACAUGUCGUCCUUUAUUAAAAACCGCAUCAAAAAUUGUUGCUAGUUUUCGACAAUCUUCUAAAAGAACAUAUGCCUGAGAAAGAGUGCAAAAAACUUAAUCUUGUACAAAGUUGCCCUACACGUUGGAAUUCUACUCUAGGUAUGUUAGAACGAUUGUUGGAACUUCGUUCAGCUGUAGUUGUCAUUAUGUCUGAUCGGACACUUUUUAAUAGUAAGAUCGCGAAAGAUCAAGAAUUACUAGAAGAAGACUGGGAAAAAAUAGAAAUACUUGUUACUUUAUUGAAACCAUUAAAAACAGCAACAACAGUUUUAUGUGCUGAUCAAAAUGUCACUAUAUCAAUGGUUUUACCAAUUGUUAAAAGUCUUAUUGUAAAACAUUAUAAACCCAAUAAUCUAGAUAGUAGGUUUUCAACUCUAUUCAAAGAGACCAUUAUUCACGAAUUAUCAACACGUUUUUCUGUACAAAUUGAUGUUGACAACGAUUGCGAAAGAGAAAUUAGUAUCACUCAAAUGGCUAGCAUACUUGAUCCUAGAUACAAAAAUAUGUCAUUUGAAUCUUCCGAAAAUAUUAAAAAUCGUAUUAAACAAAUAGUACGUUCAAAAAUGGUUUUGUUAAGCAGAAAUACUGAUGUACGUAUACCUACAGAAAAACGCACAGCACUUGAUGAAUUACUUGAAGAAGAACCAAAUAAUGAUACUGACGAGUUUUCAAGGUAUAUGGCGGAAUUUCAAAUAAAUCAUAAUGCAGAUCCAUGUGCAUGGUGGAAAGAUCAUGAAAACAUUUAUCCAACGUUAGCCGUAUUAGCUAAACAAAUAUUAUGUAUACCAGCAUCUUCUGCUUCAUCAGAAAGAGUUUUUUCAACAGCCGGUAAUAUAUUAUCCCCAAAACGUAAUAGAAUUACACCAUGCCAUUUGUCAGCCUUAGUUUUUUUAAAACAAAAUAAUAAUUUUUAAUUAAAAAAAAUAAUUUAAGUAAUAUGCAUGAAUAUGUUUACUGUUUUGUAUGAAUUAUUGUUGU